CCCGUCCCCGCCCCGCGCCGAGCGCCCGCACACGCUGUUCGCCGCCCGGCAGCCGGCGGGCGCAUGUUCCCGGGCGGGGUCGGCGCGCCGGCGGUGAGCGCGGGCGAGCAUGGCCGCGCCCGGGUCGGAGAAGAGCAGCAAGAAGAAGACGGAGAAGAAGCUCGCCGCCCGCGAGGAGGCGAAGCUGCUCGCCUCCUUCAUGGGCGUCAUGAACGCCAUGCGCAAGCAGAAAACUCUUUGUGAUGUCAUUCUUAUGGUUCAAGAAAGAAAGAUCCCAGCUCACCGUGUUGUGCUUGCUUCAGCCAGUCAUUUUUUUAACUUGAUGUUUACUACAAAUAUGAUUGAAUCAAAGUCCUUUGAAGUGGAGCUAAAAGAUGCAGAGCCUGACAUUAUUGAACAGCUCGUGGAGUUUGCUUAUACUGCAAGAAUCUCAGUUAACAGCAAUAAUGUCCAGUCUUUACUAGAUGCAGCAAACCAGUAUCAGAUUGAACCUGUGAAAAAAAUGUGUGUGGACUUUUUAAAAGAACAAGUUGAUGCUUCCAAUUGUCUUGGCAUAAGUGUGCUAGCAGAAUGCCUCGACUGCCCAGAACUGAAAGCCACUGCAGAUGACUUCAUCCAUCAGCAUUUCACUGAGGUUUACAAGACAGAUGAGUUUCUUCAGCUUGAUGUUAAGCGUGUGACACAUCUCCUGAACCAAGAUACAUUGACAGUGAGGGCAGAAGACCAGGUUUACGAUGCAGCAGUCAGAUGGCUGAAGUAUGAUGAGCCAAAUCGCCAGCCGUACAUGGUUGAUAUUCUUGCUAAAGUCCGAUUUCCUCUAAUAUCAAAGAACUUCUUAAGUAAAACAGUUCAGGCUGAACCACUUAUUCAGGAUAACCCAGAAUGCCUUAAAAUGGUGAUCAGUGGGAUGCGGUACCACCUCCUUUCCCCGGAAGACCGAGAAGAGUUAGUGGAAGGCACCCGGCCAAGAAGAAAAAAGCACGAUUAUCGCAUUGCUUUGUUUGGAGGCUCUCAGCCCCAGUCCUGCAGAUAUUUUAAUCCCAAGGAUUACAGCUGGACAGACAUCCGAUGUCCCUUUGAAAAGCGCAGGGAUGCAGCUUGUGUCUUCUGGGACAACGUAGUUUAUAUUUUGGGUGGUUCCCAGCUCUUCCCUAUAAAGCGAAUGGACUGCUACAAUGUGGUGAAGGAUAGCUGGUAUUCCAAGCUAGGACCUCCAACACCUCGAGAUAGCCUUGCAGCCUGUGCUGCUGAGGGCAAAAUUUAUACAUCUGGUGGUUCAGAAGUGGGCAAUUCUGCACUGUAUUUAUUUGAAUGCUAUGACACGAGAACAGAGAGCUGGCACACAAAGCCCAGCAUGCUGACUCAGCGCUGCAGCCAUGGAAUGGUAGAGGCCAAUGGGCUCAUUUAUGUGUGCGGAGGGAGCCUGGGAAACAAUGUUUCCGGAAGAGUCCUGAAUUCCUGUGAAGUUUAUGACCCAGCCACAGAAACGUGGACUGAACUGUGUCCAAUGAUUGAAGCCAGAAAGAAUCAUGGGCUGGUGUUUGUAAAGGACAAAAUAUUUGCUGUGGGUGGACAAAAUAGUUUAGGUGGCCUUGAUAAUGUAGAAUAUUACGAUAUCAAGAUGAAUGAAUGGAAGAUGGUGUCUCCAAUGCCAUGGAAAGGUGUAACAGUGAAGUGUGCUGCCGUGGGAUCUAUAGUCUAUGUCCUGGCUGGUUUUCAGGGUGUUGGUCGCUUAGGGCACAUUCUUGAAUAUAACACUGAAACAGACAAGUGGAUAGCCAACUCCAAAGUCCGUGCUUUCCCAGUGACAAGUUGUUUAAUCUGUGUUGUAGACACUUGUGGGGCAAAUGAAGAAACUCUAGAGAUCUGAAGACUGUAGGAGAUGCUGCAGCAUUCUUCAAGGACUUGGGAAAAGAUGGUUUUGGUGCUUUGCUUCCAUGUUUUACUGAAUCAUGUUAAAUUUAGUAACACGGAAAAAAAACUGAGAUGCAGUCUUUUAAUUUGUAUAUACAGCAUAUUGUAUAAUGUGGAUUUUGUCAUGCCCAUUUUCUUGUCUGUUUUAAAGAGAUGGGGAUGUGUUUUGAGAAUCCACUUAGCUAGGUGAUAUCACAUGGCAUCUUCCUUUAAAACAGCUGUAGGUGUGGCCUUGUCAGACACCCAAUCCAAAUAUUUAGAAUGCCUCUAAAGCAUUUGAUGAAGAAAAAAAUUCUGGUUAAAUGACAUUUUACCAAUACCAGUUGCAGAGACACUUCCUUUAUGAAGGUGAGUAAAUACAGCCUGACUCAUGAGAAAGAGGAACAACAAUUCUUUCUCCUUCAUACCUACCUGCAGAAAUCUUACUGGGAUGAAAUGAAGACAUUUUCUCAGGAAAGACCAGGGACUGCUGUCUAAUAAAGGUUCCCAAUGUUUCAACAGCUCUCUAGAUCAUGAUAGCUGCCCUCUUCCAGUGAGUUUCUUCCAUCAUUUGCAUGACUGCUUAUCAGUUUUUUAAGGUUAGAGAGGCCAUACAUAAAAAUUAGAGAAACACUUUGAUGGUCUCUUUGGCAUUUUGUGGAGCCUUCACAGAAAGACUUUUUGAUUUUUUUUAUUUUUUAAAUUACACUGAGGUAGGGAAUGGUGGGGCAAGUUGACGACAAUUGUGCACUAUAAUUAGCAAGUUGGAAACUUGGAAAGAAUUUUCAAUCUUCCCAGGCAUCAGACUGUACAUACUGUAGAUGCCAAACCAUUAGCAAACAUGGGAACAGGAAUGAGAAAAGCAAAGUCAAUACAACAGAUAUAUUGAUUUUCUUCUUGAAAAUGACUGUUUUUAAAAUGGCAUGAACGAAGUCAUUAAAGAUACUUUACAGAA